ACAUUACGUAUUCCCUAACAUCACCAAUUCUCCUCUUCUUCAACAUAUUCCCCCAUUUCUUCGCACCCUCCUUUUCCAAACUUCAUUUCUUCCUCACCAAGUCACAAAUCUAGACUUUAUUUACCCUUUCCACUUAUACCUCUAAAAACCCAUCUGAAAAAAACAGGGGAAAAACAGAGAUGAAAGAGCACUCAAUUGUGCAAAAAUUGGAGUUAAAUCAACUGAAAGUGUUCGGCCCAGUUGGAAGAGGAGCAAAAGGGGUUGUUUUUCAUGUAAAAAUCGACGAUUUUAGUGAAGAUUUGGCGCUAAAGGUGGUCUUGAAAUCCACCAUUAAAACCAAAAGUGAGAAACUCAGUAAUGGGGUUGUUGAAGUGCAAAACAGAGUAUUUUUUGAGCAGCAAGUUUUGAGGGAAUUUAAUCAUCCCCUUCUGCCUAAACUUAAAGGGGUUCUUGAAACUGAGAAUAUUUUCGGGUAUGCAAUUGAUUAUUGCUCUGGUGGUAGUCUUAAUUCUUUGAGGAAGCUACAGGUUGAGAAGAUGUUCUCUGAUGAUAUUAUCAGGUUUUAUGGGGCUGAGAUUGUAUUGGCAUUAGAGUACUUGCACGAGAAGGGGAUUGUUUACAGAGAUUUGAAGCCAGAAAAUGUGUUAAUUCAAGAGAAUGGUCAUUUAAUGUUGGUAGAUUUUGAUCUUUCAACCAAACUCGCUCCAAAAUCGCCGAAGAAUCGGCCGAGUUUUGAAUCAGUGAAGACGGCCGAGUUAGAGAAGAAGAAAACCCAGCUGCCCAGAUUAUCUUCGUUCUACAAAUGCGGUAAAUCUGGAUUUUCGCUGGAAGAUUCAGUCAAUUCGGAAAAGUUACAACCUGUUGCACCGAACAAAUUAUCGUUCGAGUCAGACUCGGUGGGGAAAUCUAACUCGUUUGUUGGGACGGAGGAGUACGUGGCACCGGAGAUCAUCUUAGGAAACGGCCACGACUACGCCGUGGAUUGGUGGAGCUUCGGCGUUGUUUUAUACGAAAUGUUGUACGGUACGACACCGUUUAGAGGCGUAAAUAGAAAAGAAACUUUUCACAGAAUAAUUUCUAAGUCACCUGAUCUGGUCGGUGAAACGACAGCGUUAAGGGACUUGAUCAGGAAAUUACUUGAGAAAGAUCCAAAGGUGAGGAUUUCAUUGGAGGAAAUCAAGGGUCAUGAUUUCUUCAAGGGGGUUGAUUGGGACAUGAUCCUACGGCUUAUAAGGCCUCCCUAUAUUCCUGAUCAAGAAGAAAUGGGAGAGGAGAGUAUAGAUGGAAUUAAAGCAAUUGAUGUAGAGUCAAUUGUUUAUGGAAUAUUUAAAAAAGAAGGUAAUAAAAAUUGUGAGGAAAAUAAUGAUUUAAAAAAUAAAAUAAAUGAAGAAAAUAUAAAAAGAGGUGUGUGGGUUGAAGGGUUGGAGCAACCUUCAAUGUCAAGCAAUUUUUUGGUGUUCUAACUUUGCAUAUUCUUGGCUUGUUAACCAUUUUUGCUUUUUUGUAUGAAGCAUUCAAUUCAUUGUAGUAGAGAAAAUUCAAUUUAUUAAAGGAGGUCCUAUAAAAGAAAAAGGAGGGAUAGCAUGUUUUUUUAGUUUGUUACAAAGUACUCCCUCCAUUUCUAAAUGUUGUAUCCAUUUGGAAUCUUGGGGGGUUUUUAAGAAAAAUAGAAUCUUGGUUUGUAUGGAUAUAAGUGUAAUGAUUGGGUGUAAGAGAAAUGAUUGUGUGUAAGUGAUUGGAAUAAAAGAAGGAGAGAGAAAACAAUGGAGAUAUUUAUUAUUAUUACUAAAAUAAAUCAGAUUUACUCAAAGGAUUUAUAUACCGGAAAAUUCGAACUAAAAUAUGAACAAAAAAUCGACCCAGAAAUUUCGAACAAAAAUCAACAAAAAAAAAAACAAGAAAUUUCGAACAAAAAUCAACAACAAAAAAAUAUGAACAAAAAAUCAACCCAGAAAAUCAAGAAAAAUCAACCCAGAAAAUCAAUUCGAACAAAAAUCAAGAAAAAUCAACCCAGAAAAUCAAGAAAAAUCAAUCCAGAAAAAUCAACAUAACUCAACCCAGAAAUUCGAACAAAAAUAUCAACAAAAAAAUCAAAAACUCAAGAACAAAAACCCAGAAAAUUCGAAAACUCAAGAACAAAAAUCCAGAAAUAAUUCGAACAUAAAUAUCAACAAAAAAUAAAAAACCCAGAAAAUUCAAAACCUCAAGAACAAAAACCCAGAAAAAAAUCGAAAAUACAAGAACAAAAACCCAGAAAAAUUCGAAAACUCAACCCAGAAAAUUCGAAAAAUCAACCCGGAAAAUCAACAACAAAAACCCAAUCUAAAUCGAACAAAAAAAAAUCAACAAUUCGAUCCCAGAAAUUCGAGAAUUCGAACCCAAAAAACAAGAACGCGAACCCAGAAAUUCAAACCCAGAAAUUCAAACCCAAAAAACCCAAAACUCGAACCCAAAUUCGAACCUAAAAAAUCAACAAAAUAAAAUAAAAAUCAACAAUUUUACCAUGAAUCCAAGAUUUUGAAGAUUCAGAGGUCAAAUUCGACCAUG